AUGCCUCCCUUCAAGGCAAGCUGCAUUAAAUUUUGCAUUUUUUUGUUUUCGAUGAUCCCUUUAAAUUCCGUAAUUAUAGAUAGAAGUAAUCUAGUUGCACUUGUGAAAUUGGCACCCCUCUUCCUCUUUUCGACAUCACUCAUGAUUCACGAUAUAAAAAUUUGCAAAAAUAAAAAAUUCUUCCAAAAAUUGAAAAAACACCAACGCCGGCGUUAA